UGUAAGGGUUGAGGAGUCAAGUUUUUAAUCUUAUCAACCUCCAUGUCAGCACAUUAGGCAUUGCUAGUGCGAAGCCGAGUUCAAUCUCCCUUCUUUUUGCCUUGCCUGUAGCAAAGGGAGAAAAAGAGUUACGCUUGGCUAUUCUUCCAGUUGAAUUAAUCGUUCAAAUGCAGAGUGACUCGAUCCUGCUGAUUUACCGUUGGUACGUGCAGUGCAUCACAAGUCUGUUAAAACUUUGUUCGCGACAAGCGAAUAUUUCCGUUCGAGGCACGGUCGGAAAGCGAGGAAUUCCGUGUUAUUCACGAAGGGUCAAGAGUGAAAUGUAAGUAAUAACGCUGAGUCCUCAGUGACCACUGUAUGCGGUUUUCGUUUGUUGGAUAGGACCAUGCAGUCACGCAAUGCGAUGGCAUGUUCUGACGGUCAAUAAGCAAUUUAAAUGCGUGGUUAAUUCAAAUUGAAAUACAAUAAAAAUAAAUUCCUCUGCUCCUCAUCUUCAUAUGCCUUAUUUCCACUUGCAUCGCCGCCAGCGGUGAGCUCACGGGUGGCCGUUUAUUUGCGCUUAUUUCAUUGACCCAAGGGAAAGAAUAAGAGACGAAUAAUAAUAAUAAUAAUAAUAAUAAUAAUAAUAAUAAUAAUAAUAUGAUGAAAAGAGGCCCUGCUGGGCGCCAUUUGCCCGCCUCGUGAGGGAUUAGUUGAACUUCUACAGUCAAAUAGCGCUUUUUAAAGAAGUAAAUUUUGACGAGCUGUUUUGAAGAUUCAUCGAAAGAGCGGAGUUCCUUGAGAGCCCAGUACCUUAGAAAAUGUGACGAAGUAUGCAUCAAUGCGAGAAUGGUUUGUCACGAGAAGGCCAUAAUUGUAUUUUCAAAAUGCAAAAAAAAAAAAACGGAGCUCUCACAAAUUAAGUUAGCAAAUGGCUAACUAGCCGCGCUUCGUCUCUUUGCUUUGUAAGUUCCAAGGUCUUUCGACUAUUUCCUCUGGCGAAAAAAAAAAAAAAGCAAAACUCAAUGGUUUUGCUAAGUUUCCUAGCUCCCAUAUAAAAAGCCGGGUAGGAAAUUAGCGUUUUAUCCUUUUGUUUACAGUAAAUAUAAAUGUGUUUACCUCGUGCUCUACAAAUAGUUUUGAUAUGUCUUGGGUAUCACAAGUGCUUAAUUAUUCCACUAUUCCGUCAUCUCACCAUAUAAGGGAACAGACAGAAUGCGCAAAGUACACUAUGGUACACACCACUGUAAUACAACGCAAAAAUAUAAAAUAUGGAGGAAAAAGAAACAACUUUAGAUAUAUGAAAUUCAUAUAUUUGCACUGCGGUGAAGAAACGAAGUUGAGAGAUCCUCGCAACUAAGAACACUGCCGAAGUAGUUGUUAAAAAAUAGGACCUGAAAAAAAAUUCAUGCCUGUACGGGAUUUGAACCCAUGACCUCUGCGAUGCCGGUGCGCUCUACCAACUGAGCUAACAAGCCAACUGGGAGCUGAGCAAUGUUUUUUGGUCCAAAUAAACCAUCAAUUGAUGAAUGAUGAUUUUAGAUAUGUGAAAUUCACAUAUUUGCGCUGCAGUGAAGAAACGAAAUUAAGAGAUCCUCGCAGCCCAAGAACACUACUGAACUUCUAGUUGAAAAGUAAUUUUUUUUCAGGUCCUAUUUUCAAUUACUAGUUCAGUAGUGUUCUUAGCUGCGAGGAUCUCUUAAUUUAGUUUCUUCGCCGCCGUGCAAAUAUAUGAAUUUCAUAUACCUAAAAUCAUCAUUCAUCACUUGGAUGGUUCAUUUGGACCCAACACAUUGACCGGCUCCCAGUUGGCUUGUUUUGAAGGAGGCCAAAAUACUUUAAAAAAGAUAAAAUUGCGGAAUGAUAUAUUCGUCCUUGAAUGGUUUAGCAUAUAAUAUGAGCGGAAAGUUUGCUCACUGCUCCGAUUUUUCCUCGCCAAUGAGGGAGCUCAGAAAAGUACUACGUAACUCGCAAAAAUAUCCGCGCAUACUGCACCAUCGAAUGCACCGAAUAAGGUGUCCAUAAUUACCAAAAUCAACACCAAUCCCUUCCCUCUUUCCUCUGUGUUCCCUCCUAACUGAUUUUUACCCAUCCAUAGACAUGAUUUUUCUAUAUUUCAAUGUUCGACAAAGUUUUAUUGUGCGCUACACAAAUCCACAGGGUUAGUUGCGUGACGCAGCGAUGUCGAACGACGUGACACGAGAAAGUUGGCAAGUCUGGGGUAAUUUUAGCCAUCAUAAUAGCGCGCUCACGUGAUAUCCCUGUGACAAGUCACAACGCUUUCAAAGCUGAAGCAUCCUUUCAGUUUCGCACCAACUCCAAGCAACAUGCCAUAUGCCUCGAGUGCCUCACUUUGCUUGAUAUUCACUGUUGUUCUUGGACUAACUAACUGCUCCCAUGCUUCGCUGCGAUUUCUCCGUGGCCGACCGAAAGGUGGCAUGUUAGUUGCUCCUCCAGCAGAACACGUGAAUCAAAAGCUUCCUGAAGCACAUUGGUUUACUCAGAGGUUGGAUCACUUUGAUGACUCAAUACAAAAACUUGGCAGCAGAGGUUCUUUUAUAACGACGCCUUCCACACGAAACCAGAUGGACCGGUUUUCGUUAUGAUCGGUGGAGAAGGAACGGCGAACCCUAUAUGGCUGACUGUGGGGGAUAUGAUGAAGAAUGCUGAAGAUUUUGGUGCUUUUACCUUCCUUUUGGAGCAUAGAUUUUACGGCGAAAGUCGCCCAACGAGGUGAGUAAGCGAGGGAAGAACAUUUGCAGGAUUGUGUAAACUUUUGAUUAACUGUAAACAAAUAGUGGAGUAUUUAUGUACCAAGGUCUUUACCCCUUUACACACUUAUAUCAGUAUGGAUAUUCUCCAUAGUUUUCUCCAUACAUUUCCUAAGGUUCUGACAUAGAGAAUUUGUUUAACAGUCAAGAGCUUCUUUAGUUAGUGAUCAUAAGCUUUUUUUUGUGACCCUAAUGUGUGAUUCAGGGAUGAUAUUGUAAGGAGAAGUUAGAUGCUAAUCACUUUAAGAGGUUAAAGGACUUGAAAGGAGGAAAAUGACACUCAUUCUCGCAGGUGGACUGCAAUUUCAGCAAUUGCAAAAAAGAAGCUUGGAAAAAUUGAGACUUCGACAGGAUUUAAUUAAAUUAACUUCAUGCCUCUUAGACACUAGCACCGCACCACUACCAACUGAGCUACAAAGUCAUACUUUGGGAGAGUGGGGCAAAUUUUAGAGGGUUCUUCUUUCCCAUAGAGGAAUCUGAUAACAGAAAAAGGAUGGUAAAAGAUAAAGUCUGCACUCAAGCAUAGUGGUCUAUGUAGUCAAGGUUUAUCUGGAUCCUGAAGUGUGAAGUGACCAGGUGAAUAGCCACUCCCCCCUGGAUUAGAUGUCAGUCCAUCAUAGAUUAUCCCUCCCCCCCCCCCACUCAGUAAUUUUUGGGGCUUGUGAGUGGAGAGAGAUACUACAAAAUUAAAAUCUCUUGCCCACUAAUACAUCACCAUGACUUGAAAUGGUAGUCAUCUGGACCGGACCUCUCUUCCUAGUUUACAGCACACUGACUUGCACAGCUGAUACCUACCAGGAAGUGAGGGGAAAUUUGAACAGCCUAGUCAAAAAUUGAUUUGGGUUUUCUUAUAAGCAGGCCUUGAGCAUGUAGCUUGUUGGCCAUGUCCCAUGUAGGCCUUGAGGGAGGGGCAGAGGUGGUAUAUCUCUCAAAACUGAAAGAUUAACUCUUUAACUCUCAGAAAUGAUCAACAUGAAACUUCUCCCCAGAAUAUCCUUAUAUCAUCCAAGAGACAGGUAAUGAGAAUAUUCAAACUUAUCAUUUAGAGGUUGUUACCUUGAUCUCACACCAAAUUCUCACAACUUAUUUACAAGGAAAUGUGUAGCAAGUAGAGGGGAGAAUUUACAAUCAGAUCCUGGGAGUUAAAGGGUUAGGUACAUCUUGUUAUUUGCCUUAUUUUCUUGAAUUAGCACCUGGGUGCUUAUUUAAAAUUUUAGCUUAAAUAAUUGGGAAGAGGGUACUUCAUCAUUGUUCUCUUGUACUGAUUCUGUUUAAUAUAUGAAGCUUAAAAAGUUUUGAAUAAAGUGGCAGUAGAAACAGGUUUACCUUCUAUCCCUACUCUUUAGGAAAGUAAGGGUGCAUUGGGGUCAUUUGAGGGGGAUGCUUGUUUGAAGUUAUUGUUUGGGGGGUGGGUGCUUAUUUGGGGGACGGAGCAUAUUAGAGAGCAAAGAAAUACAGUAUCCACUCAACUUUUGUGGUUGAAACACAAAAUGCGGAUGCAAGGGCCUCCCUACCUGAAAACUAAACAUGGACCUCCCUCUACACUGUAACUGGCUUUAGGUAAUUUUACCCUCACCUGAAAAAUUAUCAAAAAAAAAGCCUGAUGCAAAAUUUGUUCUCCAUUUUUCCAGUGAUAUGAGUGAUUCAAGCCUUAAGUAUCUAAAUAGUGAACAAGCAUUGGCAGAUCUGGCAACAUUUUGUCAGGAAAUGGCUUUGAAGUUUAAUCUGACAAACAGCAAAUGGAUAUCAUUUGGUGGCUCAUACCCUGGGUCAUUAUCAGCCUGGUACAGACUCAAGUAUCCGCAUCUGGUGCAGGGUGGGUAGACUGUUUCACUGGGUAAGUUAGUAUUAUCAACUGAGUUCAUAACGUAAAUUGGCCUCUUUUAAGAGUUUCAAAGCUGGCGUUUUGUAGGUUAGCCCUUUGUCAGAGCCCUUUGCUCUAAUGAAGGGAUAAUGCUCAAACUUCAGCUUUAAAACUCUUUUUAUGGUAGCCAAUUUACACUUUCAACUUAUUGAUAAUACUUAACUGCCCUGUUGUCCUCUCCCACUGACACCGACAGCACCACACUUUCUUUAGAAACUUACCCCCUUUAUUCAGACUGUUUUACUGUCAUUACUGAAUUUAUAUGAUAAAACCAUAACUAAUAAAAUGUAAUCACAUUGUUAUGUUUGCAUUGAGCAAAACAUUGGCAAACUAGAAGAAGCUUGUGAUAACAAUGUACUAAGUCAAGUCAUUUCAGAAGUCUCUGGACAAAUUACUAAGUUAAUCAAAACUAUAACAAAAUUCUUGACCAUAAUUGGUUUCAAAAGGUUUGUCAGAAAGAAGAGUGGUUAGCUGUCUUUAUAUCAUACCUGUCAGAGUAUGCAUAGAUCUGAAACAUCACCAUCAUUUUAACAUAUCUCCAUCUACACCUACCCAUUUACCAACGAGAACAUGCGCCAUGCCUCAGUUGGUCAUUUAGACAAAUUGAUUGUGAUCCACAUAUUUUAACCACUUUCUGAAUUUUAAAAAGUAAGUGAAGUAUUUCUGUCAUGUGUACAUGUAUUUUUCAUUUUCCUUGUAGGGGCUGUUGCUUCAAGUGCUCCUGUCUUUGCCACAGUCAACUUUCCUCAAUACAUGGAUGUUGUUACUGCCUCACUUGAAACAACAGGUCAAGACUGUGUGAGAAAUAUUGAUAAUGCAACAAAAACAAUGCAGGCAUUACUAACCACAGAGGAAGGUGCAAAGCAACUCACAGAGCUAUUUGAGUGAGUAAAUUUCCUGUAUUUGGAUUUUUUGUCAUGAUUUCAUUUUCAUUACUGACGAUAUCUGAGCAUGGACUAAGCCUUGAACGUGCUUAACUUGCAGUAAUUUUCAUUUUGUUCCAAAUUUGAAACAGUAAGUUAGGAUAGUAUGGGUGACUUUUGCGUGAAACUUUCAAAGGAACCACUGUUCACUGUCCGCUGUCAGCCACUCAGCAACCUCGUUUUGAGUUAUUUCUGACACAGACAUGACAAAAUUACAAACACUUGUUGUCAUGUAUAUUUGCUGUAACUUCCCUCAUAAUAAGCAUCGGUGAUCAUACAAAAUAUUUGGUUUAUGACCCUAUAAACUGUACUCAAAUACCUUGAUCCUUUAACUCUCAGAUCAGAUUUGUCAUUUUCCUUACUGUCAACCAUACAAUUCUUAUAAUGUUAGUUCAGAGAAUUCAGUAUUGGGUUAACUAAUUAUCCCCAAAUUUAUAUUUUUCUUUAUUUUCAUCACUUAUCUGGUUGAUAUUGUAUUGAUAUUGUAAGGAGAAAUUAUCUCUUGAUCACUCAUGGGAGUUAAAGGGUUAAUUGAUUUUCAUUUUACUCGUAGGCUCUGUGAACCCCUUGAUAAAGACAAUGUCAAUGACGUGGCAACUUUUGCAAAUGAUUUGUCUGGAAAUUUUGCUGGUGUUGUUCAAUAUAACAAGGAUAACAGGGCAUUUGAGGUCAGUUAAGCUGAUUAGUUCUUUCACUCUCAAGCCCUUUUUAUUUAUUCUCCUUACUGUCUGUCAUACAUUUCUUAUGAUGUUGUUUUUUGAGAAUUUAGUGUUAAGUCAAGUCAUAUCUCUCCUUUGACAUUUUUCUCAGUCUCAUUACCUGUCUGCUUUACCCUCUACACCCUACACAUCAGUAUACACAUUCUCCAUACUGUUCUCUAUACAUUUCCUAAGGUGUUGACAAAGAGAAUUUAUGUAACAAUCAGGACCUUCUUUUGUUGGUGGUCAUUUCCUUUAUUCUUGUGACAUUAAUGUCUGAUUCAGAGUUGAUUUAAGGAGAAAAUAGAUACUAGUCACUCCAAGGGGUUAAAGAAUCAAUCUGAAGUUUCAACAUCCCUCCUCUUGGGCAGCCCAUGGGGGUAGGAAUUUGAACUUGCCUGGGUGGGGUGGGGCAUUUGAACCGGAAGUAUCAGGCCUUUCUUGCAUGAUACACAUGAUGUAAUUGAGGAGUUUACAGGUGAAGAGUCUGCUUUUGUUAGAGAAAGGCUUAGAAAGACAAUAUUCACAUUAUAGGACGAUGCCUUCAAGCGAAAAAAAUCCAACGGCAACACUAGAACCUAAUAAAUGAUCUUGCUAAAUUUUACAACAUUCGUCAGUCACAGAAAAAAAUCGUUCCGUUCAAUAUCGGGUGGGCAUUUGAACGCAGUUUUGGGCCGAAUUUGGGGGGGGAAGUGGAAGCUUCUAAUCGAUCUACGUACAAUAGAUUGGGGUAAGUUAACUGUAGUUUAAACCAUUGCAGUGGUGCGUGACGAAUGUUAUAAUUCUACUCUGAUGCUUUUUUUUAAGGGUGCCAUCGGUACUAACAUUACAAUUAGAACAUUGUGUGGCAUCAUGAAUGACGAAGGCAUCGGAGCUCCGUUAGCUCGUUAUGCUAAAGUGAACUCGCUGAUGCUUCACACAUACCACGAACAAUGCCUUGAUUCAAACUACAAGAAUUUUAUAGCAGCUUUACAGAACACAUCUUGGAGCAGCAGUGCAUCUGAAGGAGGUAAACUCAUCAUGAAAUUUUUAAAUAUUCACAUGCUGUACAGAGUUAAUUAGCGCUCUAAUUAAGUUGCGACUAUCUUGGUCGCCAUGGCGAGAGGGGGAAAAUGGCGACUAAAAAUUUGCGCAGAAAGUCGCGCAUUUGCCGAAUUGUGUUCGGCGGUUACAUAAAAGCUGUAACGUUCUCAUUGCGUGAUGUUUCUAGUCCAGAGUUACUUGAGAUAAGCAUUUGCGUAAUUUCUCAGAUGUCUUUUUAAUUUUUGUCUCCGAGAAAAGUUAGGGAAGAUGUCCUUCUCUCGAGAAAAAAUGUGACAGCCGCCCCAAUGGUCGUCAUUUACUACAACUUAGAAAACGUUUUUCUUGGCUACAUGUAUGUCCUACGAAUGUUUUUUUUUCUGACGAGUAAUAUUUUUAUUUCGGGCGACUUUGCUAUGCUUCCCUCUUAACACUGAGAUCGAAGUGGAGAACUUCAAUAAUACCCGACAACAGCGCACGAAAGUUGUGUGUUUUCGCGCUUUUCUUUUUAAAGAAGAAUAUUUACAAAAGUCGUGUUAUUUUGGUUCUUUAUUUAUCUUAUUUUGUUAAAAGCUUUUUUAUGUUGUUAACCAGGUCGCCAAUGGAUGUAUCAGACAUGCACAGAAUUUGGAUUUUAUCAGACCUCAGACUCUGAGAAGCAGCCGUUUGGAGAUCUAUUCCCUUUGAAGUAUGUACAUGAUAGCAGUACAGUAUUUACCGAAAAAAACAAAGACGUACAUCAUAUCAAGAUAGAAUCUCGGUGUGCUUGAAAGAAAUUCCUCUCAACGCACCUAAAUGUCCUGGCUUCAAAGUAAUGACUGCUAGUUAAAAAUGUAAUGGAUUAAUUUCCAAUUGAGUGUUGGGAAGUUAUCCAAAUUGCAUUGGUUUCGCUCUGUGAUUGGUCUACAACACCCGCACCACUCUCUCUCAACCAAAUAAAUGCAAAAUUAAAACCAAUCACGACUUGGUCGCCCGCGUUUUCCGCACUUUAGGUAGUUAGCUUGCUUUUACUUGAGCUCUCAUUGGCUCGUAAAGGUAUUUUCCUUUCUUCUGAUUAGCUGUUGCGACAGCUUUGGUUUUGGUUUUUUGACGCUCAAUCGAAAAGCGCGUCACGAACUCUUUCCGCCACAACCAGAUCCAUUUAUGUAUCAAAGACGCCAAACGUUGUUGUCAAGAGAAAAACAACUUUUACUGUUCUCCUCAGUGUUUUUGUUGGACAUAUAGUAUCUCAGAAACAUAACAUCGCCUACCUGUUCUCCAAUACUGUCUUUAUCAAGACAUAUGUUCCAAAUGUUUUUUUUUCAGGUAUUCAAUUCAACAAUGCAUGGAUAUUUAUGGUGCCCAGUUUAAUGAAGAGAACAUCCGAAGCGGUGUGACUCAGACAAAUACUAACUACGGAGGGUAUGGCAUUGCCGCCAGUAAGGUCAGUUGACAUGCAACUCGGAUCAAUUGGUAUCUCACACGUAUAUGUCUCAUAUUUCCAUCUGGGUUUCGUGCACCACAAAGACACCAAAAUUCGUUUUCCCGUAUCCUUAAAGAAGAUCACAGUUGAUGUUAUUGUGGAACAAAUUUUGAAUUUCAUUUUUUGUGACCAUUAUUCUUCGGAAGACGCGGUUGCUAAGCGGUUACUGCGUUGGACUCCAGGUCGAGGGAUCCUUGCAGGAUCAUUUCCAGUGUUAUGUUUUUCCCAACACCUGGUCAAUGGGAGGCUAACUCGAAAACUUAACAAUUAAUUAGCCUCCAGACUCUUCAUUUGUACAGUUUCUCAGAGUGUUAUGUGUGAAAAUGGCAUUUUUCUUUAUUGUUUAUCUGUAAAUCAGAUCGUUUUCCCGAAUGGCUCCAUCGAUCCGUGGCAUGCACUUGGUAUAACAAAGGAUGUGUCUGCUACAGAACAAGCCGUUUUUAUUGAAGGUGUGUAAAAGAAGGUGCAAUACGCGUUUAGCCAUAUGCAUGCAUUCGAAAAACUGUCAGCACGUUUUUUUGUUAUGAUAGUUGUUCUUGGUUUUGCUAUAACGUAUCUUUAAGGUUUUUCCUUUAUUGUGGUGGAGAUCAGUGUUUACAUCAGUUUCUGUGAAGCCAAGAGAGAUAAGUAUUUUAGCGUGGGAGCAUUCAAAAAACAACCAGCUACACGUGCGUUUUUUCUUCCAAAGUAGACGCUAUGAAACCUUAGAGAAAAGUCACCGUAAUGUCAGCAUUUUUCACGUGUGGGGUCGAAGGAUUUUUAUACUGUCAAAGUAAAAUUUACCUGAUCCCCCCAAUAGUUCUGCAUAAUUCUUAUACCCUCCCUCCCCUUUCCUUCAUAGGCAGGUACUUGGGAGUAAAUUUUGUAUAAUCCUCCUUUAUACUUUGGCAAAGACUGACCCCUCUCCGUUCCCCCCUGAAAACCAUGUGACUCCCAAAAUUUUUCUCACCUCCACCCCCCUUAAGUAAUAAAUUAUAACUGGUCCUUCGUGUUUGUGUUACUGAAAGUUGUCAUUAUUUUAUUUUUAAUGUUCUAGGUACUGCUCACUGCGCCAACAUGUAUCCAGCUAAUCCGUCAGACCCUCCACAGCUGGUGGAGGCCAGGCACCAAAUUCAGCAACAUAUCAUGAUGUGGCUGCAGGCUGAUUCCUGAAAGAAAUCCGCAACCUCAAAACAUUUUUAAGUCGUCAAGACGUUAAAAAACUCAAUAAGUAGAUAGAAAUAUUUUAAUAUAAUAGUUUAUAGAGGUACGAAUGAUCUGAAAAGGAACAUGGCUGGUUACGGGUGGAGGAAAUUGAAAUUGGAUUGUAAAUGACAAGCUUGGAAAUCAGUGAUUUUACGCAAAUUUUAGAUUACGUUAUCUCUCGAGAGAGUUACAAGUGUAAUGUUUUUUAUGUUUUGCUCAUGUUUGCUUUUUGAUCCGACGUCAGCAACUGUUUGAAAUGAACCUAAAAAUUGUUAUGUGGCUUCACUUUUUCGUUUAAAGGUGUCAAGGGCGAGGCAGAGAGACAAAAUAGUAAUUUUGCGUUAUUUUCAAAAGGAAUUUGUCUGUCGAUUGAAGUUAAGAUAAUGUUCCGAGCUUCAUUCUCUCUUAGAGUAAAUUAUCGGAUUUUUCAGGUGCAACAAAGUUCACGCGGGGAAGGAAAUCGAUCUGUGUGACGAAGAGUUCCAACUCUUUGACAAGAACCCCGUUUGGCAUCGAAUCCCCAAACAUUGAAUUUAUUUUUAAUACGUGAAGGCAAAUGAGAAUGCUCCAUGCUAGAAUUUGACUAAGUCUGGUAGAAGAAUGAAUUAGAUAAUACUGCAAGUACAAAUAGGAAUAAAAUUUUGGAUCAGAAAGAGCUGACGAAGGGUUUGCGCUCAAAACGUCAGAUCUGAAACUCUUUGCGGUGGCCAAUUUACAUUAUCAACUCAGUUGAGUUGAUAACACCAAAUUAUUUUGAAAACUCCAUAAUAGGCCCGCUCACCACAGAGUCUCUGUGGCUCAGUGGAAGAACAUCGGAGCGCGGAAUCCGAAGCUUUGAGGUUCGAUUCCUAGUGGGGACUUAGAAUUUUAUCUUGGUCCCGCCCUCGUGACAAGACGAAAAACAUCUUUUUUUAUUUCUCAACCGAGCUCAAAACUUACCAUCUCUCUUUUUCUAUUUACAACCAAAUGAUCUUGUUACACCUCCCCACCGACGCAGCACCACAGUUUCUUUAGAAACUUACCCCUUUAUAAAUUUUAGAUAGUUGGAAUGUUAAGCUUAACCUUGCCAUCCACAAUUUUUCAACCAAGUUAAUUUGUGGUACAAGAAUUU